AUGUCACGCCGUGGACUUAUGGCAACUCUAGAGACUUUGAAAUUCGACAAUUUAGCGCUUCGCUCCCUCCCGAUCGACAAGGAGACCAAAAAUGUCAUCAGGCAAGUCAAGGGAGCUUGCUACUCGCUUGUUGAACCAACACCAGUCACAAAUCCUCGUCUGGUGGCUUGUUCUCUUCCAGCCAUGUCUCUGUUGGAUUUACCACUAUCAGAGGUUUCCAGGCCUGAAUUUGUGCAGUGUAUGAGUGGAAAUAGGUUGCUGCUUGGCUCUAAAACCGCAGCCCAUUGCUAUUGCGGGCACCAGGCCGGAUAUUUCUCUGGACAACUUGGAGAUGGGGCUGCUAUGUAAGCUGCCUGUGAUUUUUCAACUUCCUUUAGUUACCAUGGGGAUUCUGUAAAUCAUUAACCCCUAUAAAUGAUGAUAGACAUUUUUACCCCUUAACUGACUUAUCCUACCCUAUGUGGACCUGGCUUGCGGCAAGAUAUGAGAACCCCUAUUCAACAUACAACCCAUUACCCACCGUAUCAUGGGCGGUCUCCAACAAAUGCACACUGCAGACUUGCCGACUGGCAGGUAAAGGAGGUAAACAUUGUUGUGAAAUGCUCUAACAGAUUCCCUAUCCCUAAACUAAACUAGAGUUCAGAGAUAGGGAAUCUGUUAAAGCAUUUCACAACAAUGGUUACCUUCUUUCCCUGCCAGUCUGCGUUUGUUGUUCACCAUAUAAUGGGGCAGGAACACAUAACGAACAAAGAAGGACUGUGUAGGAGGCUAAUUUAGGGCUUGGUAACUGUACAUGAUUGGGAAAAGAUGCUUGUAUUAAGUGUUUCUUGGUGUUUGAUUUCUCAGGUAUUCUAGUCAUUUGUUAAAAUGGGUUGAAUACAUUGGUUAAGUACCUACCUACAGCGACCAGGGGUGUAGGCGGCUUUUUGACUAGUUGUAGGCCUGGCUGACUUUCAUUUCCACAUAUCCUGAAAAUUGCACACAUGACUAGUAUGCACUGACCUCACCAACACUUUUAGCUCUUAAGCUUUUUAGCUCACCCAACAAUGUAUAAUUUAUUACAAGGGGUAGAGUAAUCAAAACAAAAAUUUGUAGCCCCUGGCCUGCAGCUGUAUGGGCUGGCUAUGCCCCUGGUGACACUUGUAUCAAACAAACACCAUGGGAUGCCAGCCAGUGUCUUAAUCGUGUCCGAUCAUUACAGGUUUGUCUUAGAGAAACUGCGGGAAAAUGACUAAGGUUCAUUAUAGUCAUUUCCUGUGGAACAAAGUUUUUUUAUUACCCUUUCUACAGGUAUCUUGGUGAAGUGAUCAACAGCAAAGGUGAUCGGUGGGAGAUUCAGCUGAAAGGAGCUGGUCUGACUCCGUUCUCUAAUCACAGGGAUGGACGUAAAGUAUUAAGGUCUUCUAUUCGAGAACUUUUGUGUAGUGAGGUAUGGAGAGUGGAUGCCCACUUGACCUGUUUAUCUGUUUUGUUAAAUUGCUGUGAUGAAAAUAAUGUCCCUUGCUGUCAGAGAGAAAGAAUUUGAAAAAUAAAUUUCUUUAAUUUUGCUUAUGUUUUUUUUAUUUUUUAUUUUGUCAAAUGACAGGCCAUGUAUCAUCUGGGAAUACCAACAACUAGAGGUAAAAAUUCUUUAAACAUCUGUUUUAAACUGUUUGUUUAACUUUUAUUUUUUGUGGUGGUAGGAAUUAUCAAAUAUCUUGCUAUCAGUGACAGUGGAGGUUGAUCAAGUGUAGAGGGGGUGGUGCUUCUGCUUGUUCAAAUAUUAUUUAUCUAUUUUACACUGUAUAAUAUUAAGAUUUAACAAAGGUUAAAGGUGAAGCUCCCCUUAAUGAACUGAUAGUGUACUUCAAACAAUAACUAUACUGCAAAAGAAAUGAACUAGGAGUUGAGCCUCAGAUCAGAUGGAAACUAGCUACUUGUCAGCAGAUUUCUUUAAAAAAACAUCUAACCUUGAAGGGUCAACACCUGAGCCCAUGUUACAGUCAUGUGAUACAGGUGAGUAGAUACUUGACAGCUGUCAAUAGCCCACAUUCGAUGUAAUAAAAUUCUAACAUGACUCUGAGGAUUUGCAUUGCAUAUUUUCAUGACUCUGUUGCUUUGCAUUUCCCAGAAAGCCUCAGAGUCAUGUUAGAAUUUUAAUAUAUCAAACAUGGGCUGUUGCAUGACCACAACAUGGGUGUGCUAUAUUAGGUUGCAGGCUCCCACACUAGCUAGAAAUUGUGACUUUUCACAUUGGUUUCUCUGUGGUGUGGAUGGAUGGACAGGUGAACGUAUAGUCAUGUGACCACCAAUAUUUCUUGGAUGUAUAGAUAACCAAAUCUUCCUAGCUAUUUUCUCUGCUCUUGCACGCCUUGUGCAUGCCUGGAGCUCCACUAUAACAAUAGUAUAGUACUUGAGAGAAAAGAGGCAGAAAUGUAAAUUUUCAUUGUCAGCUUUUAGCACAUGGGCUCAUUACUUUUUCAUGGACUUAACUAUCCUGUUUAGUUGCAAUCAACACCAUGAUACCGUGUGCGCAUGAAUACAAGACUUACUGUUUACAAAAUAUUCAAGUGGCCCCAAACUCCUGUUGAAAAUAAUCUGUUGUAGUCUUUCGGCAUUUAAUGGUUACUUUAUGUAAUAUGUAAUGACUCAUAUACUGAAGUGCACGGUAAAACUGUAAAUUACAUUUAUAGACUUGAGAUUCUUGCAGAUAUAUUAUCAUGGCUAUAAUAUAUGUCGGGAGGUGUUCAAAGGGAAGGAUUUGCUAUCAUUGAUUUACAUUAGCAAAAUUUUUAAGUUAUGUCGCUCUAUUUUAGCUGGUUGUUGUGUGACAUCAGACACUAUGGUCAACAGAGAUAAAAAUUACACUGGAACUGCUUCCAAAGAAAGAGCUUCCCUGGUUCUUAGGAUUGCUCCAACUUUCCUAAGGUAGGUAGGUAGCUGUGCAGCCCGAAUUUAUUUUUAUUGUCAUGUUAACUUGUCACAGCACCGUAUUAGGAUACCUGUGCAUUUAGAAAUGAUAGAAUGUACCCAAAGUAGUCACUGUUUACCUCACUUGAUGGAAUAUGAUACUUGGUGCUUUCAUUAGACUCAUAAAAGCACUGUAAGUGCAGUUACACCCUGCCUCUCACCUCAAACCUUAAACCUUUCUUUGUUACGAAAAUAUGCUGUUCGAGGAGGCAAAGUCGCAUUAUUAUUUGUUACAAUGAUUAGCUCACUGUUAGGCAUGCAGUAGUGAAGAUGUUUGCACUCUUCUUUGUGGAUGUCUCUGGAGUCAGUUAACUUGAUGAUGCAUUUUUCUUUUUUUUAUUUCUCUUUCACUUGUUGUUUUACUUGAGGUCAUUUACAUGUAUUAUUUUAUUUUGGUUUAGGUUUGGUUCAUUUGAGAUUUUUAAGACAGUGGAUCCAUUGACUGGCUACCAGGGUCCAAGUGCUGGACGACUGGACAUCCUGCAUCAGCUGCUGAACUAUACAAUUAAUAAUUUCUUUCCACAGGUAAAUUAUUGCUUUUGUUUUAAUUAAUGUCUUGUUUUUAAUACUAAAACAACUACAAUGGGUUAAUUGGUCCAUAAUUGUUGUAGUGCUAAGCUUUCAUUGUUAGUGAGAACUUAUGGUGUACUAAUAGUAAAUCAAUAUAUGAUUUAAUCAAAUGGAAAUUUGACUGCAAUUUAUGACAUGAUUAGAUUAUAUAUAAUUUGUACUCAGGUGCAUUAUUGCUGGAUCAUUUUUUGCAAGAUGGGACUCCCCUAUAAUAAUUCUCCUUUGAAAACUAAUUUUUUAUUCAAAGGCAGUGCCACAUUGAAUGUACAGUUUUUCUUUUCCUCAUUUUCAGAAUCAGCUUCUUUUUGUAGAGAUGUGUUUUAUGGUUACAAAUCCCUCUAUGCAUUCUUGCCCCAAUUAUAGCAGUGUUUGUAAUGUACCAUCCCCUUCCUAGUCCCUUGACAAUUUUCUGGAAGUCCAUUCUAAAUUGUUUUCAGUAGGGUAAGUUGCAAAGUCCUUAUAGUCAUUGAUUGUCAUCAUUAUAAAUGCUUUUAUAUGUUAACUAGUCUUUUAUCAGUGUGUUAUCUCUAUGGCUGUCUUUACUUUCUUUUUUCUUUUUUCUUUUUUCCUUUAUUCAGUGAAAACCACCAUUCUCAGAUUUAGUAUUGGUAUCCUCUUUCACAGGCCGAUGACUCAGGGUGGACCUAAGUGGACUUCUGAUUUGUUACCCAUUUGACUUAUUGUUUUUCGUUUUAAUUCAGGUUUCUUGUAAAGAUUAUAACAGUUUGGAAGAACGCUACCUUUCUUUUUAUAAGGAGGUGGUUCUUUUAACAGCACGUCUGGCAGCUGAUUGGCAAUGUGUUGGCUUCUGCCAUGGGUAAGGAAGUGGAUUACUUAAGCAAUGCUUCCUCAGAUUGUUCACUUAGACUGAGAGAUUUUGCGAGCGGAGUAGGCUAAUAUUAAGUUAAAAAUUAACGCCAUUUUCAAGUUCAAAAAGUUUUCUGGUAGAUAAACUGUCAUAAUUAUUUGCUGUUAAGAUUAACGGCAUAAUAUAAAAUAUGCAAUUAAUUAAAAGUUAAUCUACCAGACACUUUAUGAACUUGAAAAUGGCGUCACGGUGAUACCGAAACGUCGUUUGAUUUUAUCCGCGUUAGUAGUUACUUGUUUCUGUAUAACAAAACCGCUCUUGUUAAUCAGAUACUCAGUUUGCUAAAUUUAGAAACCGGCCCUUGUGAGAUGUUAUUUUCUCAACAAUGCCAAUAUUUUCAUGAAUAAAACAAACUGACCGAAAUCUUUAGAACAAAACGUCGAAGAAACAAACCGAAGUGAUUUUGUACAACCUUCGAUUUCAAAUGAGCCGUGGGGAGAGUUUAUCGGGGCAGUUAAGAUGCACUUUAAUUGACUUCUCAACAGGACAGAACAACUGAGAGGCGGCUGUUUGCUCACCAAACGUAUUGUUUUUCCCUUUGACGCUGCCGUCGUGGUUUGGGAAGGUCCUAAAUACCCUGUUGGCAAGAAAAAUUCCUGGAAGUUAAUAUGACAGGGAAAAACAAACUUUAUUCAACUAUCAAUACAUUAAGUGCAAAUUAUGUAAUUAUUGAGGACACUGUUUUUCGUCUCCUACUGGAGAUAACACCGCUAUUUCAAAGUAGUCAUCCAAGCGGCGUGGAGUUUUAGGGCCUGUUUACAUGGAGUGGGGGACCCCGGUCUAGUUGGGUUGGUUUCUUUUGUUUUCACGCUCUGGGGGACACAAAACAAAAGAAACCUACCCCACUAAACCGGGGUCCCCAACUCCAUGUAAACAGGGUCUUAGUCGUUUGCUACCAAAGGCAGUACUUUCCUGCUUAGCACAGUUAUUUUAAGACCCAUAGUGUGACGAGUGUUGGCCCAGCCCCGUGACCCUCUGCUCUGCAGACCAGCUCUCUAUCAACAGAACUAGUUCUGCUGUGGGUGAGAAUUGAGGUAAUGAAAACAAUGCGAAGAAAACAUAUCAUAGUCACGUGUGUUCUCUUAUUUCCUUGCAGGGUUGUUAAUUCUGAUAACAUGAGUAUUAUUGGUGUCACAAUUGAUUAUGGGCCGUACGGAUUUCUGGAUUAUUAUGAUCCUGAUUAUCUCAGUCAGUCAUCGGGUGAGUACCAAGUUAACUGCAGUCAAUAUCCACUAACAUGCGGGUCAAGUUGUUUUUAUUUGUUUUGACACUAUGAAAUAAAUGAAAGAAAAUUUUCACCAAUCUUUUGCUCUCAUUUGGAAGUAUUUUCUUUUUUCUCAUUUCUACUUUGUUUCUGUUUUCCUUUUGUUUUACUGAUCACUUGGUUGAAAACUCUUGAACUUUCAGUAGUUCAUUAUUUCAAUGGGUNUGCGAAGAAAACAUAUCAUAGUCACGUGUGUUCUCUUAUUUCCUUGCAGGGUUGUUAAUUCUGAUAACAUGAGUAUUAUUGGUGUCACAAUUGAUUAUGGGCCGUACGGAUUUCUGGAUUAUUAUGAUCCUAAUUAUCUCAGUCAGUCAUCGGGUGAGUACCAAGGUAACUGCAGUCAAUAUCCACUAACAUGCGGGUCAAGUUGUUUUAAUAUGUUUUGACACUAUGAAAUAAAUAAAAGAAAAUUUUCACCAAUCCUUUCUCUCAUUUGGAAGUAUUUUCUUAUUUCUCAUUUCUACUUUGUUUCUAUUUUCCUUUUGUUUUACUGAUCACUUGGUUUAAAACUCUUGAACUUUCAGUAGUUCAUUAUUUCAAUGGGCACUACUAGACCUGUCAGUAUUCUGGUUAACAUUUGACUAAUGGCAUACAUCAACUCGCGUAUUUCCUGUCCAUUGAUAUUAGUCAGUUGUGUACUGAGAACAGAAUCGUUUAUUUUUCACUUUAAAAAAUUAUUGCGCUGGUUUUAGACGCUAGACGAAGGAAUUCUUUCAAGAACCAACCCGAGCUGUUCAAGUGGAAUUUGCUGAAGUUAGCGGAAGCCAUUCAAGAUGCAGUGCCUCUACAAGAAUCCAUCUCUUCUUUAGAAGAACUGUAGGUAUAUCGGUACAUACAGUAUGAUAUGGUUUAAUUUUAUCCUUGGUACAAAUUUUGUUUUAAUUCCUUUUGUUUUUAGAUAUGCUAAUAGUGAAAGGGAAUUAAAAAAACGAAAGAAAAAGUUAACCUUUGACCUAUAAAUUGACAAACUUGUACUUGAAAUAGCGCUGAUGAUGUCAGUAAAUGAGUACAAGGACAAGGUUCCCGUUUCCCAGAUUUUGCCGACUUAUGAAAAACCGAAAUGGUAAAAAAAGAACGAGACCAUGAGACACAAAUAAGGAGAAUACGGAGUGUUCUUCGUAUUGUUUACACAUUCAAGCUUUCUUUUUUACUUUGACAAACAUAGGCAGUGGCAAAUGAAAUACGCAAAUAGACUCGUCAAGCUGCAGAAUUACGUGCGACGGUCAGAGAGUAGGCAACCUCUUGAUUUGGGGGGCGUAUUCUCCCUUCGCUUUAACUCGAGAGAACCUGCUGGUCUAAAAAGGACCAGUUUCUAUAGAUCUUCUGAUUUUAUUUCAGAUUCCAUGCGGAGUUUGAGAACCGUUUCCUUGCAAAGAUGAGGUUGAAAGUGAGUCGUAGUACCGGUAGUGUCUUACUUGAAUGAUUUAUUAGAUUCAUAUGUCCAGGAACAGUUGACAUUAUCGCAUUCUAUUGUAAUUUCAGCUGGGCCUGGCAAAGAAAGAACUCCCAACGGAUAAGUAAGUAAAUGGGAAUCUUUAUCGGAAGUUCGCAGAAGCGAUCUCUGCGAAGGAAAUAACAGUUCAACUGAAUUCCCGCCCAUUUAUUUCAUUUAUAAUCACUGACCCUCGAAUGAAAAGGGAAUUGGCUGGGGCCCGAGGGCCGGGAGCAGGGGUCAGGGUGCACGGGGGCAGUGUGGCCGAGUGUUCAGACUCGCUGUACCGCUCUGACCACAGGCUGGAUCUGUCUGUUGGUAAUUCUGAGCCUUGUCCAGUUCUGGCGAGAUAGGCUAGAACUGGACUAUUCCUCGGCCUCGCUUGUACAUGUCGCCGGCCAGAAGGUUUCCUCCUGAUGGAGUGACAGUGGUUGGGGUUCAGCCCAGUGCAAUUCCACGGUAAACAAGACAUUUACUAUUUACCAAAGGGAAGGGGAAAGGUGGAGAAUCGAGCGUGCGAGCCGAAUUACCUAGGGCACCUGACUUGUUUUUUUUUACUCCCCACCUUUUCAAUCAUCUUCUUACGCUGGCUUAAGCAGCCUGUCUUAACCCCUUAUCAUUAUUUUUAAACGCGCUCACGUUGUGUUUGUUAGUUUGAAACAAUUUUGUAUUUUUUUUCCCAGACUUGACUUACAACAAAUUAGAGUCAGGCAAUGCAGACUAACAAAAAAGCUGUAAAUGUGAGAAACGACUCAUGUUGACCACCUAUGUAAACUUUGCCCGAAAAUUCCCACUUCAGACAAUCAUUUCUUGUGUUGAUUAAUAAGCAAUGUUUUUCUAGGAAUCUUAUCACAUCUCUUCUUGAUACCAUGGAACAAACCGGGGCAGACUUCACAAACACCUUCAGAUGUCUUAGCCGAGUAUCACCAUCAAGUUGCACUUCAGCAGAAAGGUGAGAGCUUCUUUCUUCGCCGUUUGGUUUACUAUUGUGAGUCUAUUUUUAGUUGGUAAACGUUUUUCUGUCUGUGAAUUUUCAAGUUUUUCCGCUGGAGUGCUAUCUCUUAAAAUCAAACAAGAAAUUGUUUUCAUAUUUUAGAAGCCAGUGGCACAGAUUGAUGGAACAUAUGACUGGUGCAACUUCAUCCAAUAAAGUUGGACCUUUUUGAUUGGUGUUUAGUGUUAUCAAACGGUGCUAAAUGUUUUUGCAUGGUGUUUGAUCAUGUUUGAAUGAGUCAAGACUGAUUUGUUAGAAUUGGAAGUUUAUGGAACCUGCUUAAGUAUGCCUUAACAUCAAUGCUGUAGUAGUGAUCUUGUCAACAGUCUUUAAUGUGGUUAUGUUCGUUUUUAUUCUCAGUGAUAAAGACGCUCAAGACAUAAUAGAAUAUUUGGUCUCCGAGUGUGUCUCGCUUCAGGGGAUGAUAAAAACCCGAUCAAAUUUUUUAGAUUGGAGGUCAGUCUUUGAAUAGUCCUUUACAACAAACAUUCAAAUGAAUCAUCGUUGAAGUGAUGGUUUUAGUUAUUGGUGAUUGAUUGGUUUUGUCCAAGAGUUCGUGAGCCCAUCCACAUCAGGCCCGGGUUGUUCAAACGUUGGAUAGCACUAUCCACCGGACAAGUCACUAUCCAGCCAAUUGCGCUAUCCACUGGAUAGAGAUUUAUCCAGUGGAUAGCCUUAUCUACCUUUUGAACAACUGGGGCCUGGGCUCUAAACUACCUCUCAAAUCACGUGCGAGGUUUGGGCUGCCAAUAGGCAGUUUUCAGUACUCCCAAUUUUCCGGAAAAAAGCGCAGCGCCUGAAAUCUGCAAGUUCAAUUCUUUUUGCUUCCUGUUAACUAAGUUGAUAGAUUAAUGAGCUACUAUAAGGGGACUCCAACGCGGACCUUUUCGCACUGAUAUACACCCUUCGGAUCCGUUUUUCUUCUUUGGUUUAGAGAGUUACUCAGGUUAGUAAAGUGCAACAAAACUGCGAAAAUACUGUCCAUACACAAUUGUUAACCACUCCAAUUUUCCUAACCAACUAUAUACUGACUCGUUGUUUUCUCUUACCAAAUCAUUGUAUUGAUUUCAGUCAACUGAUGGAAAUGUCUCGUGAGGUUUGGCAGUCAAGUCCAAAUGUGAUAUCUCAGUUACAAAUGGAAGCUGAAAAGCAUCGAAAAGAUGACCAAGAACGCAAGGAAAAAGUGCGGAAACUUAAGGUUCGUCCCUAAAGGAACAGUAUCCCGAUUCUGCGCAUGCUCAGAAUUUUCCGUUAGCAUUUGAUUUCUGUUCAUCCUGUCGCGAAAUUAAACGAUGCGAGAAGAGUAAAAGAACCUUUAAAAAUCCGUUUGCAUCGCGCUUGGCCGAGUUCGAUACUACGCUAAAUCUUCUCAGAAUUACAGGUCAAGGAUAUAUUGUUCCCAUUCACUUUCGAUUUGGGCGAAAUCGGGAUUUUUUGGCGUUACUUUUAUUGCCGUUGGCUGGAGGACCAAGAGAAGGGAAGCGCUUUAAUGUCAGUUGAAGGCUUAUUUCUCACGCCAGCUUUCAUACAAGCUCAGAUAAUCGUGAAAGGAAUACGCAGAAAUGGAACAGCAACAAUAAAGACUAUGUAAAAAAGAAACCAUUGAGACAUGGAUGAAGCUUCGUGAAGUACAGUGUUUUGCAACGACGCGUUAGUAAACUUUUAAAUAAACCUCCCUACGGCCGUUAAAAUCAAACAAACAGGCACUACACUGUACAUGUUUUGAGAAACGAGUGCAAUGAAAUCAUAAUAUUAUGUUUGACUAACCUUUGCAAUGCUUCAUCGCGUUGAGAUUGAAUUUUUAUUUUUAUAUUUCGAACUUUUGAGGCUAGAACGCCAGCAAAUAUUACUGGACUUGGAUUUGCCACAAAUUGACCUCUGACACGAGUUUCACAGCAGAAAAGCUGUUUUAAAAGCGAGCGGAACGAGCUUUUCGGGCCGCGAGGCGGCCGAGCUAGCGACUUGAGAAUGUAAACUACAAAUCUCCGUCGGCGGAAGGAAAUCUUGUCGCGUCAAUAUGACAGUUCAAUUGUCUUUUUAAGAAAAAGCAGAUGAAGCUCGCGCGUGCCCAUAAUCAGGACACUGUCCCUUUAAUAGGAUACGAGAUGCCCUGUACUUGACAUAUUCUUUGGGACGUGCAAGCAUUUCAUGCUUGAAGUCUCUGAUUUAAUGCUCAGGCUCUACCUUCAAAACGUUGUGUUUGUAAGCCACUUUUUACACAGCCAAAAAUGGCGAAUGUCAGUGGUCUCCAUCCCACUCCUGUGAUCCCCGGCGGGUAGAUGGUUGUUUGUUUUUUCGCUUUGAUUUGGUGCAAAAAUGGAUAGCAGAGAAAUAUGUUAGAGGUAACCCGCAGUGGAAUAGCCAGCCUUUAAGGAGGAAAAGGAUUGAAAGUGUGGUACAAUACCCAUGGGUUAGGGUUAGGAUGCCCAGUGGUGUUGUGUCUUAAUACUAAGGAUUUGCACAUUUUCCAUAAUAAACAUCGUCAUUAUAUAACAGGAAACGGCAAAAUAUACUGGGCUUAUAAAAAAAGCUAGUACUUCUAUUAUUGUCUUGAAGGGGGCUUAAGUAACGCUUUCCUAUAAAUUCACUUUUCUCAGUUGUUAACUCAAGAAGAGAAGGAGAGAAGGGACAGGAAAUUAUGGAAGGAAUGGAUCGGAGAAUAUAAGUAAGUUAUUUUUAUUUACUAUUACCUUGAACUGACUGAUAGCGAUUUUAUACACCGCCGAUUGAGGCUGCAAGUUAAAAACCAGCGCCCACAGUGCUUGGUUUGUCAAGCACCCAUUGUUAUCAUAAUUACAUCUUUGUUUUUCUCCAGAGUUCGCCUUGAUCAGGAGUUGGAUGGGCAGCAGAAUUCAGAUCAGGUAAAAAAAAUGUCGUGACUAGGCUCUUUCUUCUUUUGGGUCAUGGGAGUCACGUGAGGCGAAUGAAAGAGAGAACCUGAGUAGCAAGGUGCUGGAAAGGAAUUUAACUUGGAAUCGAUUCUUUUGGACUAUGCAUUUUUUCAAUAGGAAGUCUGCUUUUUAUGUUCGACGGUUUUAUUAAGGAAGACUUAUUACCGGUAAUCCACUUCAUACCUUUCAGAUUAUUGCAUGGAUUACAAACGUAGGUUACAUAUUACAUAUACUGUUUACAGUUACCAUUAGAACUCCUGAAGGACGAUCAUGAGGUUAUCCCUAUAUUAAGAUCUCUCCUUACAGAUAACCCACCCAACCCAGGAAAGGUUGGCCACACCACUGGGGUCUACGUCCCCUAGUCUUUUCGAACAGUGGUGUGGUUCUUUUACGUCCGACAAGAACCAGACAAGUGAAAGUGUUGUGAGACGGGACCCGCUACUUUCGUCCUUAUCCGGGAAGUCUAACUGCUUACAGAUGUCAUCAAAAAUAUACAAAGGCAGCAUUUUCUUCUCAGUUACUUUAAGACCCUGAGUGUUGGUCCGGUCGGGAUUUAAACCCGCGACCUCCCGCCCAGCAGGUCGGCGCUCUCAACUGAGCUAACCAGGCGGCGGUAUUCGAUUGUUUUCAGUCUCGUAAAUGUUGUAUUUUUUCCCCUAACAUAGGUUAAUAACAAACGGAUCGGGAUAAUGAACUCGAACAAUCCAAGGUGCGAAAUAAUAACUUUUUACUGUUGUAUUGUAACGUUUUGGAGAUAUAUAUGUCGCUAUAAACUUAUCAUCCGAUAAAUAGUCGUACAUCUAAUCACAUCCAAUUGAUUAAGUGCUAUUAAAAUGGCAGGGUGGUUUCUUCCCCAGGCUUCAGUUAGAGGAAAGUCACUUCUAGCUAGCUUCUUCAAUUGAUGCUGGUCGGAACAGAGCGGUUUUGUUAGAAGAAGACUGAAAAUGCAGUUUCGUGAUGCCCUGUUUUGGAAAUCUUUGUGAACUCUCAAAUUGACCAGAGAAACCUUCAAAGGAGGAUAGGUUUUUGCGGGUUUGGCAGGUUAUACGCGAUGGCUGUCUUCUUUCUAGUCCAAAGUUCUCCUAAAUUUAUCUAUUUUUUCCUAACCCUUGACCAUGACAAAUUUGCAGGAGAUGAACUGAUAUGAUCUGGGUUUUCUUAGUAUGGGAGUGUUCUAUUCCUUAGCCAGAGUUCUAUAAUCAAGGCUUUGAGAUAAAUGUUUGGCAGCUCAGUAAUCAUUCUUAACUGUUGUAUAUUCCCUCUUUAGAUUUAUUUUAAGAAAUUACAUCGCUCAGAAUGCAAUAGAGGCAGCGGAAAGUGGCGAUUUCACUGUGGUAAGGACAGGGUGAAAUUCGUUUAUGUCCUUUCUGAUGUUACCGGAAGUAUUUUAUUAAAAAUUAAAUAACUAAAAAUGAUUUGGAGGUAGCAUAUCCAAUCUUCGUCUACCUGAUUCCUGGUCGAAUUGGAAUUUGGAAAUAAUGGUCUUUGAGUAGAGGGGAAAACCGUAGUACCCAGUGAAAAUCCUCUUGGAGCAAAGGAGAGAACCAACAACAAACCUGAAACUACGCAUUUUAUCAUACAGUAUUAUUUGGUGUGGAGUAUUUAGUGUCAACGCUUUACUUAAAGUAAAAGAAAAGAAAAGAAGAGAAGGAAAUAACAACCACAACAACUCCCCAAACUGUGCACCAUACUUGUUUGACUUAUUUUUGUUUAAUUUUUUUUUCAAAUUCUUGCGCCUGUAGGGAUUGUACAUUUUUUACCAUCUAGUUUCGUAAUUAUUUUUGUUGGUUACAAAAAUAGGUAAAAUGACGGGAAGACAAGGUUUGUCUACUGAUCACACGCCGACCCCUUUCCCCGCUUAAACCCUUGGAAUGAUAUACACCUUCAUCUAGCCUGCGUAGCAGGCGUCUAAAUGGGGUAGGGAAUGGGGAGCAAGGGGAAAAGGGAGAGGGGUUGGGGAGAGAGGGUAAAGCUCCCUUUCCUUUUCCUUUUUGCACUUUUCUUCCCCCCCCCCUCCCCCUCUCCUUUUUGCGUCCUUUACCUUGUUCAGAGAUACGUGAUUGCAAAAGUCUUAAUGCUUGGAGGUUUCAUUUUGCCUAGAUAAUGAAGAAUGCAUUCAGCAUUCAUUUUAUUAUUUUCAAUCGAGUCAAAUAUUGGUUUACAGGUACAAAAACUUCUCAAGCGUUUGGAGACACCAUACAGUGAAGAUGCUGAACUUCAGAAGGCUAUCUUUCCUCAGAAGAAAUCUACUGAAUCUUCCCGCACAUCUCAUCAAACCCCAGUACUGUUUAACAGCUCUGAUGUUCAUGAGAUGUAUCUUGAUAAACCACCAGAUGACGCGCUUAACAUGAGACUGACGUGA